AUGAGACCAACAAGUGCUCAUCAAGAUUAUGAUAUUGGUCUCUGUGGAUAUAUAUUACUUGUUUUAUCCUAUGUAAUAAUAUUGUUAACUUUUCCAUUUUCACUUACUGUUUGUCUCAAAGUUGUGCAAGAAUAUGAAAGAGCUGUUAUGUUUCGACUGGGUCGUAUUCUCGGUGGUGCCAAGGGACCUGGUCUGUUUAUUAUAGUCCCAUGUGUUGACGCAUAUACCAAAGUUGAUUUAAGAACAGUGACAUUUGAUGUGCCACCGCAAGAAAUUUUAACGAAAGAUUCAGUGACAGUAGCUGUUGAUGCUGUCGUGUAUUUUCGAGUAUUCGAUCCAGUUAUUUCUAUUACAAAUGUUGAAGAUGCACCCAAAAGUACACAGUUACUCGCGGCUACUAGUUUACGUAAUGUUCUUGGUACGAAAUCUUUACAGGAAAUUCUUUCGGAUCGAGAAUCAAUUGCACAAACCAUGCAGGCUGCUCUCGAUGAAGGUACCGAAUGUUGGGGAGUUCGAGUAGAACGUGUUGAAGUAAAAGAUGUCCGACUACCAGUCCAACUUCAAAGAGCUAUGGCAGCCGAAGCUGAAGCAGCACGAGAGGCUCGUGCUAAAGUAAUUGCUGCCGAGGGUGAACAAAAAGCAUCGAGAGCAUUGAAAGACGCUGCUGAUGUGAUCAUGCAAUCACCAACAGCUCUUCAACUACGAUACCUUCAAACAUUAACAACGAUUGCAUCAGAGAAAAAUUCAACCAUUGUAUUUCCAAUCCCGAUUGAACUAAUGCAAUCAUUUACUGGAAGACAUCGUUCUUCAUAA